CGACGACGACGAUGAUCAUCUAGGAUUCCGGUACAGUGCUCCGCCGCCGCUCUCUCUGUCGAGGAAUGCCAACAGUCCCGGUGCUAAGCCGGCGGCGCCGUCUUUGAAGUCCACUACUAGAUCACCUUCGCCCGCGCUCAGAACUCCUUAGACGAAACUCCACAAGUUCGCUCAACAUCAGCAGGAAGGCCAGCAAUGUCUCUUCGUGCAGCACCUCCAUUGGUACCACCCAAUAGAACAACACUGAGGACAGCAACUUCCCUGCCGCCAUUGGAUCCUCCCACCACUAAUAGCAAAAAGGAGAACAGAUUCUUGUCAGAAAUAGGAAAUUACAAAACAAAAGAUCCAGGAGAUCAACGUGAUGCUUCUGCACUCCGUGAUGAACUUGAAAUGCUACAAGAAGAGAAUUCGAAUAUUCUUGAUAAGCUUAGACAUAAAGAAGAGAGAUGCAAUGAGACAGAGGCUAGAAUUCGGGAACUUGAAAAACAGGUUACUGCGUUUGGCGAAGGCUUGUCUUUGGAUGCAAAAUUCUUGAGCAGAAAGGAAGCUUCCUUGCGGCAAAAAGAGGUUGCACUUAAAGAUGCAAAACAGUCAAAAGAUGAGGCCGACAAGGAAGUUGCGUCCCUUCGGUCUGAAGUUGAGAAAGCAAAAGAAGCGAGUGACACUGUUAUGAGACAACUUCAUGGAGCUGAAUCAGAAGUGAAAUCCUUACGGUCAAUGACACAAAGAAUGAUAUUGACUCAAGAAGAAAUGGAAGAAGUAGUCCUCAAGAGGUGUUGGCUUGCACGCAAUUGGGGUUUAGCUGCAAAGCUUGGUAUAUGUGCAGAUAUUGCAGUAUCUAAGUAUGAAUACUGGUCAUCAUUAGCUCCUCUCCCAUUUGAGGUCGUCAUUUCUGCAGGACAAAAGGCUAAGGAGGAACGUUGGGAAAAAGGUAAUGAUGAUGUUGAGAGGAGAAACAAACUGGUGCAAGACUUGAAUGAUCUAACUGGAGAAGGAAACAUUGAGAGUAUGCUUGCAGUUGAAAUGGGCUUGAAAGAGCUGGCUUCCUUGAAGGUUGAGGAUGAAAUUGUGCUUGCAUUGGCCGAACAACGGCGUCCAAACUCUGCUCGAUUAUCAUUCUCUGGUAUCAAAUCACCUGUUGAUCCAAAGUUUAUGGAGGCCAUUGAGUUGAGUCCAGAGGAGUCAGAGGAUGUUCUUUUUAAGGAGGCAUGGCUUACUUAUUUUUGGAGAAGAGCCAAAGUUCUUGGUAUAGAGGAGGACAUUGCCAAAGAAAGAGUUCAGUUUUGGAUUAACCGCAGUAGGCAUGCACCGACUUCACAUGAUGCUGUUGAUGUUGAGGAAGGGUUGAUGGAACUCAGGAAAUUGGGAAUUGAGAGCCGGCUGUGGGAGGAAUCCCGCAAGGCAAUCGAUCAAGAGUACUCUUCCGCAUCUGUUGCGCAGAAAUCCGCUCCACAAUGAAGCUAUGCUUGACGGUAAAUAUCUCUUAGAUGUAUUAUGAUCAGCUUUUGCCUGCAUUUUUUUCUUGUUAGUUCAUUUAUUUGCGAUAAACUGAUUUUGUUGGAGCAAUUUUAUGAGAUUCUGCCUAACACGGCGGCCGUAGUUAAUACACGAGAGGUGAGUUCGUCUCUUGUAACACGUAGACAUAUUCGCAAUCGAACACGAACAGUUCCAAUUUUUGUACAGAUGGAAUUUCAGUAUGCCCUUUUCUGUUCUA